AUGUCUCUCUGCAUCUGUCUCUCUAUCUCUGCCUCCUUCUCUGUCUCUCUCUACAUCUGUCUCUCUCUGUCUCUGCCUCCCUCGCUGUGUCUCUCUGCAUCUCUGUCUCUCUAUCUGUCUCUGCCUCCCUUCUGCAUCUGUCUCUACCUCUCUGUCUCUGCAUCUGUCUCUCUGUCUCUCUCUCUGCAUCUGUCUCUCUAUUUCUAUCUCUGCCUCCUUCUCUGUCUCUGCAUCUGUUUCUCUCUCUGUCUCUGCCUCCCUCUAUGUCUCUCUGCAUCUGUCUCUCUAUCUCUGUCUCUGCCUCCCUCGCUGUCUCUCUCUGCAUCUCUCUGUCUGUCUCUGCCUCCCUUCUGCAUCUCUCUAUCUCUCUCUAUCUCUGCCUCCUUCUCUGUCUCUCUAUCUCUGCCUCCUUCUCUGUCUCUCUGCAUCUCUCUAUCUCUGUCUCUGCCUCCCUCGCUGUGUCUCUCUGCAUCUCUCUAUCUCUUUCUCUGUCUCUACCUCCCUGUCUCUGCAACUCUGUCUCUCUAUCUGUCUCUGCCUCCCUUCUGCAUCUGUCUCUGUCUCUCUCUGCAUCUAUCUCUAUCUCUGCAACUCUGUCUCUCUCUCUCUGUCUCUGCCUUCCUCUCUGUCUCUCUGCAUCUGUCUAUCUCUGUCUCCCUCUCUGUCUCUCUCUGCAUCUGUCUCUCUAUCUCUAUCUCAUUCUCUGUCUCUCUCUGCAUCUCUCUAUCUUUCUCUGUCUCUACCUCCCUUUGUGUCUCUGUAUCUCUCUGUCUCUGCCUCACUUCUGCAUCUGUCUCUACCUCUCUGUCUCUGCAUCUGUCUCUCUAUCUCUGCCUCCCUCUCUGUCUCUCUCUGCAUCUGUCUCUCUCUCUGUCUCUGCCUCCCUCGCUGUGUCUCUCUGCAUCUCUGUCUCUCUAUCUCUGUCUCUGCCUCCCUUCUGGAUCUGUCUAUCUCUAUCUUUGACUCCCUCUCUCUCUCUCUCUGCAUCUGUCUAUCUCUGCAACCCUCUCUAUCUCUGCAUCUCUCUAUCUCUGUCUCUGCCUCCCUUCUGCAUCUGUCUCUGCCUCCCUCUCUAUCUCUCUCUGUCUCUGCCUCCCUCUCUUUCUCUCUCUGCAUCUGUCUCUCUAUCUCUGCCUCCUUCUUUGUCUCUCUCUGCAUCUGUCUCUCUAUCUCUGUCUCUGCUUCCCUCGCUGUGUCUCUCUGCAUAUCUCUGUCUCUCUAUCUCUGUCUCUGCCUCCCUUCUGCAUCUGUCUAUCUCUAUCUUUGCCUCCCUCUCUGUCUCUCUGCAUCUGUCUCUCUAUCUCUGCCUCCUUCUCUGUCUCUCUCUACAUCUGUCUAUCUCUAUCUCUGUAACCCUCUCUGUCUCUCUCUCUGUCUCUGCCUCUCUGCAUCUGUCUCUCUAUUUCUAUCUCUGCCUCCUUCUCUGUCUCUCUCUGCAUCUGUUUCUCUCUCUGUCUCUGCCUCCCUCUAUGUCUCUCUGCAUCUGUCUCUCUAUCUCUGCCUCCUUCUCUAUCUCUCUCUGCAUCUGUCUCUCUAUCUCUGUCUCUGCCUCCCUCGCUGUGUCUCUCUGCAUCUCUGUCUCUCUAUCUCUGUCUCUGCCUCCCUUCUGCAUCUGUCUAUCUCUAUCUCUGCCUCCUUCUCUGUCUCUCUCUGCAUCUGUCUCUCUGUCUCUGCCUCCCUCGCUGUCUCUCUCUGCAUCUCUCUGUCUCUCUCUGUCUGUAUCUGCCUCCCUUCUGCAUCUCUCUAUCUCUCUCUAUCUCUGCCUCCUUCAUUGUCUCUCUCUGCAUCUCUUUCUCUUUCUUUGUAUCUGCUUCCCUUCUGUAUAUGUCUAUCUCUGUCUCUACCUUCCGCUUUCUAUCUCUCUGCAUCUCUCUCUAUCUCUGCCUCCCUCGCUGUCUCUCUGCAUCUGUCUCUCUAUCUCUGUCUCUGCCUCCCUUCUACAUCUGUCUCUAUCUCUGCCUCCCUCUCUGUCUCUCUAUCUCUGCCUCCCUCGCUGUCUCUCUCUGCAUCUAUCUCUAUCUCUGCCUCCCUCGCUGUGUCUCUCUGCAUCUCUGUCUCUCUAUCUCUGUAUCUGACUCCCUUCUGCAUCUGUCUCUAUCUCUACCUCUAUGCCUCUGUCUCUCUCUGCAUCUCUCUGUCUCUUUAUCUCUGUAUGUCUCCCUUCUGCAUCUGUCUAUCUCUCUGUCUCUGUCUUCCUCUUUCUCUCUCUCUGCAUCUGUCUCUAUUUCUGCCUCCCUCUCUGUCUCUCUCUAUCUCUGUCUUUGUCUCUGUGUGUCUGUACUUUUGUCUCUGCCUUCCUCUUUCUCUCUCUCUGCCUCUCUGUCUCGCUCAGCCUCUUUGUCUCUCUCUGAAUCUCUUAUACAAAUUCCCAGUGUCUUUUCCCCUUGCAUCACUCCAUCACCUCUCGUCUCUUAUCUCGUUUCCUCCUUUUUCUCCUCCAUGGUUUCUUCCCUCACAUCCUUGCUUCUUAUCCCAUUUCUCCCCCUUUCAGUUUCUUUUGUCUUUUUAUUGCUUCUCUUUCCGUAUCCAUCUCUUGUCUUUCUCUCACUAUCUCUUUGCCACACUAUGUCUUUCUCUCUUCACUCUGCCUGCAUCUGGCUUUCUCUUUCAUUUCCUUUCCCACAAUCCCUCUCCCUUCUGUUCUAUCUUCUACUCAAAACUUUCUCUAUUUUGUCUAAAUCCCACCCCAUAAUACCUAGUAAUUGCCUUUGCCCUUUCAUGACUCUGAUCAUACAUAAAGAGCAAAAAUGAACUCUGGGAUUCAUUGAGUCCAAUUCUGUUAUAACAGAAGAUGGAAACUCAGCAACUGGACCUACAUUUUCCAGUGAGAAAUAUUAACUGAAUGUUUGCCAGGAUGUAAACUGAGGUCUUUCUGACUUCCAGGCAGAGUCCAUUAGUAGACCUGGCUCUUUUACUCUACAUAUUCCUCCCCUAGCAUAGAUUUCUAUUUCCUGUGGAUACUUAUUUCUCCUCACCUGCUUUCCUCCUAGAUCUCUCUCUCUAUUAGCAGGCUAAGCCAAGUGGACGUCCUUUUCUCCCUCUGGGAUCUAGAGGAUGGUUGAGUUGGUCUGUCCUUAGACAUGAUCAAAUCUCACCAACUAAGUUUCCUCAGCAGAAACCAGAGGCAAACAGUGAUUAAGGACUCCUCAGUAUCAGAGCUUGUCAGUAGCUCUGGAGGAAUUAAAACUCAACGAGUUAAUUCCAAGUACUCGAUAUAAUAGGUCGUGUCUUCUACACUUUCCAGGUGCCUCUUCCCUUACGUAUCUGCCUUGCCUGAGCUCCCUUAUUUCUAUUCCGCAUCUUCAUCCAUAACGGUCUGUUCCCUAUGUGUGUCUAUCCCUCUGUCUCUCAAGCAGCUCUGUUUCUGGUUUUCUCUCGCUCACUAGUUAUUUUCCCCUAUACAUCAGUUUGGUUCUCUCAUUCUAUUUCUCUUCCUGUCUCUGUCACAAUUUGCUUCUCUAUCAAUCCCUCUCUACCUCCUCCUCAAAAGCUUUUUUUUAUUUCCUUCUUCUAAUUCCCAGGCAAUAGCAACUAGCCUUUUCUUUUGCUGCUUACUAUCAUCAGGAACAUAGAUGUAGAGCCAGAAGGAA